AUGAUGUAUCUAGAAGAAUACACAAAUAGUAUUUGGAAAGAUAACGACUUUACUGAAUAUUUUAAAUAUAAAUACAUAAUAUGGAUUUCAGCUCUUUAUCUGUUAAUAUCAUUAUUAAUUUUAUUAUCUACAGGGAUUUAUGUUAUUGUUUUGAAAUAUUGUAAAAACUCAAAAAAAUAUAUUUCACUUACUCAAGAGGAUAAUGCUUUAAAUUUUCUGGGAAUGUCCUUUAUGGAUAUUUGUUUUUCAAAAAAGGCUUCCUCAUUUUUACAUUCUGAAUUUGAUGAAUCAAAUAAACAAUAUCUUAAAGAGUAUAAAGUUAAACCACCAAAGCAAGCGUCAGUUAUUAUUACUGAAGGAAUAAUUAUAUUAUUUAUGAUAUUUUUAUAUUUUCUUUUUCUUGGUGGAUCAAAACAUCCUCUUUUUAUCACUAUUAGAAUUUUUGCAUGGGUAUACGUUUUUAUACUUGUUGUUAUUCGGCUGGCGUCAAUUGAUGUAGAUUCUUUUCCUCUAUCUACAUUAUGGUAUCAUACUUCUUUUUUAUAUGCUUUUCAUUGGCCUUUAUUUUAUAUUGAUUUACGAUCUAUGAUUAUUGCUCAUGAGCCAACUAUCUUUAUUAUAUUAUCUGCUAUAAAUCUUGUUUUACUAUCUGUAUUAAAUGUCAUUGUUUUGUUGAGCAGAAAAGGCAAUAGAACAGUUCGCCUUAUUGCUUUAAAUGGACUUAAACCUAGUAAAGAAAAGCUUUCAUCCAUUCUUUCUAUGUUGACAUUUUCAUGGGUUGAUUCGAUUAUUGUUCAAGGAUUUAGGAAAAAUCUUACAUUUUCUGAUAUUUGGGAUUUAUCAGAAGGCGAACAUGCAGCUGCUGUUAUGGACGCUUUUUGUAUUACUAAGAAAGCGUCAUAUUUAAUAUAUACAUUGCUUCGUCAUUUUAAAGCAACACUUAUUAUCCAGUUUAUAUGGGAAAUACUUCAUUCUAUAAUGUCAUUUGCACCCGUUAUACUUUUAAAAUUAAUUCUUGAGUAUAUUGAUAAUCCUAAAGAGCAUGCAAAAGAAGUAGUAUGGAUCUAUAUUGUUGGAAUGUUUUUCUCAAUACUUAUUUCGUCUUUUUUUAUGGGCCAGUCUUAUUAUAUUGGUCGCAAACUUUGUAUAAAAGUGCGUUCUGCAUUAAUCGGAGAAAUAUAUUCUAAAGCAUUAAGAAGACAUACUAGUUCCAAUGUUAUUACGUCUAAUGAUGAUACAAUCGACUCUUUUCAAGCUAGUAUUGGUACAAUUAUUAAUUUAGUAGCAAUUGAUGCAUAUAAGAUUUCGGAAGUAUAUGCAUAUAUUCAUAAUUUAUUUAUUACCGUGCCUUUGCAUCUUAUUGUUGCUUUUAUUUUGAUAUUUAGAAUUUUUGGAUGGAGCGCUCUUACUGGAUUUUCCACAAUAAUCUUAUUUAUGCCUGUAAAUACAUAUUUUUCAACGCUAUAUCGUAAAAUUCAAAAGGAGAUGAUGUCAAUUUCUGAUACUAGGAUUGGUUUAAUAAAUGAAAUUUUUCAAAAUAUUCGUCUUAUCAAAUAUUUUGCAUGGGAAGAAAAUGUCACACAAAACAUCAAUAACAUUAGAGAGAAUGAGAUUAAACAGCUUUGGAAAAAGUAUAUUCUUUUAUCUUUUGCUUUAUUAAGCUGGAAUGCAUCAUCUGUUAUUGCUUCUUUAAUUACAUUUUUAGUUUAUACAAAAAUUGCACAUAAUAAACUAACUGCACCCAUUGCAUUUACUUCUUUAGCCCUGUUCAAUAGUUUUAGAACACCAUUAGAACAGCUUUCAGAAGUACUAUCCAGUUUUUUAGAUUCAAAAGUAUCUAUGAAUAGAAUUGAUGCAUUUUUGAAAGAAGAAGAGAUACAGAAAUACGAUAGAGAUACCGAUUUUCCAUCAUCUGAUGAUCUUAUUAUAGGAUUUAAAAAUGCAAGUUUCACCUGGGCUUCAAAGAAUGAUGUUAUAAAAAAUACAGAAUUUCAUUUAAAUAGUUUUCGUAUUUAUGAUUUAAACAUAAAAUUUCCUCUAGACAAACUAACAGUUAUCAUCGGGCCAGUGGGUUCUGGGAAAACUUCUCUUCUAAUGGCACUUUUGGGAGAGAUGACAAAUCUUAGUGGCAAAGGGUUUUGUCCUGGUAAAUAUAAUAAAAAUCAUUUGAUUCCUGAUCAUCAAACGGGCUUUACUGAGUCGGUAGCGUAUUGUGCUCAACAGCCCUGGUUAUUGAGUGAUACUAUACGGAAUAAUAUUUUAUUUUAUUCAUCAUAUGAUGCUCAAAGAUAUAAUAAGGUUGUCAAAGCAUGUGCUCUUGAACGUGAUUUUCAGAUUCUAGAUGGAGGUGAUCAAACUGAAGUUGGAGAAAAGGGUAUUAUACUUUCAGGUGGACAAAAGCAGAGGAUUUCUAUUGCUAGAGCGUUUUAUUCGUCUGCAAAAUAUGUAAUACUUGAUGACUGUUUAAGUUCAGUUGAUUCUUAUACUGCAAAAUGGAUAUUUAAUUAUUGUAUUAAAGGUGAAUUAUCAAAUGGAAGAACUAUAAUUAUGACAACGCAUAAUGAGAAUCUUUGUGUUCCAGAAGCAGACUUUGUUCUUAUAAUGGAUAACGGAAGAGUUUCUGCUCAAGGAGCUCCAAAUGAUCUUUUUGAUUCUAAAUUAUUAGAUAGACAUGAAAGCUCUUUAAAGACCGUAUCUUCAUCUACUUCUUUGAUACGUAGUAUCCAUUCUUCACAAGCUUCUUCUAAGGAACAAGCAUUCGAUUUAUAUGAGGAAAAAGAUGAAACAAAUGAAUAUGAUAUUAAAAACACUAAAACUUUUGAUGCGUUCGGCCCAUGUAAAGGAAAAUUAAUUGAAGAAGAGUGUUAUUUAAGUAGUUCUAUAAACAAAAGUAUUUAUAUUGAAUAUAUGAAAUAUUUUGGAGGAAAGUUUUUUCUUUUCGUUCUUUUUUUAAGUUUCAUAAUACCACCUGUUUUAAAUGUAUGUCAGUCUUUAUGGGUUCGGAAAUGGACACAGGAUAAAUCUAUAAGAUCUUCAUAUUAUCCUCGAGACUUUCAAAAGGAUCAGUUACAUGAAAAAAAUAAUAUAUUUUAUACGAUUUAUUAUUUUUUUAUCACUACAUUUAGAAGAUUUAGUCACACUUCUACUAAUCAUGCUCAUCAAACUAAAUAUCAAGAUUCUUUUCUAGAUGUGAAUUAUUAUAUUAAUAUAUAUAUACUUAUAUCGUUAUUGUAUAUUUUCUCGACUUUUUUUAGGAUAAUAAUGGCAUUUACUGGUGGCAUUAGAGUUUCUAUUAAAUUACAUGAAAAACUAUUUCAAUCUGUUCUUGGUGCUAAAAUACGUUUCUUUGAUAUUACGCCUAUUGGUCGUAUAAUGAAGAGAUUUUCAAAUGAUAUUGGAGUUGUUGAUCAAGAGGUAUCUUAUAUAUCACUGACAUUUGUUUAUGAUUUUUUUAACUCAAUUUUCUUGGUUGCUGUAAUCACUUAUAUUAUACCAAGUUUUUUGAUUUCGGAAAUAUUUAUUAUGAUUAUAUAUAUUGCUAUUGCUCUGUUUUAUAUCCGGCCAUCUCGUAGACUUAAGGAUCUUGACUCGAUUACUAAGAGUCCAAUAUAUCAGCAUUUUAGAGAAACGUUAACGGGAAUCAAUACCAUUAGAGCAUAUGGUUAUGAAAAAAUAUUUAUUAGGGAAAAUUUACAGAAAUUGGAUCUUAAUAACAGGCCAUUUAUAUAUCUUUGGGCAUGUAAUCGAUGGCUUAGUAUACGAAUAGACUUUAUUGGAGGACUUAUUACCAUAUUUGCAGGGAUUUUUAUAGUAUUAAAUAUAAAUAAACUUGAUGCGGGUUUUGCAGUGUUGAGCGUAUUCGAGAAUUUUUUUUUCAUUGAACAAGAGGCUCCUUCUAUUAUUCCUUCUAAUAGGCCCGGAAAAAAUUGGCCAGAAAAAGGUGAAAUUUUAGUUCAAAAUAUAGUUGUACAAUAUUUGCCAGAAUUGCAACCUGCUAUUUGUAAUGUUUCUUUUAAAGUCGACCCGUGUUCAAAAGUAGGAAUUGUAGGUCGUACUGGAGCUGGAAAAUCCACUAUUGCUGCAACAUUUUUUCGGUUAAUCGAAUUACAAAGCGGCAGUAUUAUUAUUGAUGGUAUAAAUAUAUCAACCAUUGGCCUUCGCGAUUUACGAAGUUCUUUAACAAUUAUUCCACAAGAUCCUGUAUUAUUUAAAAAAUCAUUAAGAUAUAAUUUAGAUCCUUUUAAUAUUUAUACUGAUGCGGAAAUUUUUGAAGCAUUACGUCGAGUUCACCUUAUAGGAUCUGAAACAAUAAAUGAUGAAUCUAAAAAUUCCAAUACUAAUAUUUUUUUAAACCUAGAUACACAAAUUGCGGAAGGUGGAAAUAACUUAUCUCAUGGACAGCGGCAAUUAAUAUGUCUUGCACGCUCUUUACUCAAAUCUUCACGUAUUAUUAUUAUGGAUGAAUGCACUGCUUCUAUUGAUUAUAAUAUGGAUGCUAAAAUACAAAAGACUAUACGUUCUGAAUUUUCUUAUUCUACUAUAUUAACUAUUGCUCAUAGAUUAAAAAGCAUUAUUGACUAUGAUAAAAUUUUAGUUCUCGAUUCUGGCAAAUUAGUGGAAUAUGAUCAUCCUUAUCUUUUGCUUCAAAAUCCUCAAUCUGAAUUUCGAUUUAUGUGCGAAUCUUCAGGAGAAUAUGAUACUCUUAGACGGCUUGCACAAGAAGCAUAUGAAAACAAAUGUAUAUAA